ACAAGCCGUGAGGGAUGAACGUCACUCAUAUUUCAGUAUAAUUUUAGGAGUCUUGGAUCUUCUGCAUAGCCUCUACACUUUCUGUCCUGCACGUGUGUCUCAGAAACUCAGACAUUCACCCUGGAGUGAGUCGACAACAACAGCCACUCCCCUGUGUUAUGCUGGAGUAAACCGUAGUGUUAAUAAACAAGAAGACAACAAAGAUGGUGGAGGCACUGGAUGAGAACAAACAGAGGGGUAACUGGAGCAACAAGUGGGACUACCUCCUCUCUCUGGCUGGUUAUGCUGUCGGGAUUGGCAAUGUGUACAGGUUUCCAUACUUGUGCUACAGGAACGGUGGAGGUGCGUUCCUCAUCCCUUACCUGUUGAUGCUGUGUGUGCUGGGACUGCCUCUUUUCCUCCUCGAGUCUGCAGUUGGUCAGUUCAGUUCGUGUGGGUCUGUCUCUCUCUACAAUGUCUGUCCGAUAUUUAAAGGUCUCGGCUAUGCGUCCAUGCUGGUGAACGUGAUCGCCAGCACCUACUACAGCGUGAUCGUCUCCUACCCCAUCCUGUACAUCUUCUACUCUAUGAAGCCCUCACUACCCUGGAGCUCCUGUGACAAUUAUUGGAAUACUGAAGGCUGUCAUGAUACGUUUCCUGAGGUCUUCAACACCACCCUGGCGGAGGACACACCAUUUGUUUUACCUCCUGAAGAUCAGAAAGUCUCACCUGCCGACGAGUUCUUCCAUAACUACAUCUUGGAAAUAUCCGGAGGUAUCGAGGAGCCGGGAAAGUUCGUGUACCCUCUUGUUUGCGCCUCCUUCUUCACCUGGAUCUUCGUGUUCCUCUGCAUCUUCAAGGGCGUCAAGGUGGUGGGCAAGGUGGUGUGGUUCACGGCGACCUUUCCCUUCGUCAUGCUGUUCAUUCUGUUCUUCCGAGGGGUGACGCUGCCGGGCGCAUAUGAUGGCAUUGUCUACUACCUCUACCCUGACUUUAACAAACUGCUGGAGCUCAGGGUAUGGGUCGACGCGGCAGUGCAAAUCUUCUUCUCACUGGGACCUGGCUGGGGCACUCUGGUCACCAUGGGAUCCUUCAACAGGUUCCACAAUAACUGCCUCCGCGACUCCCUCUUGGUGCCCAUCGUCAACUGCGCCACGUCAAUCUUCGCUGGAUUCGUUGUGUUCUCCGUCCUAGGGUUCCUCUCUCAUAAGUUGGGGACUGCUGUUAGUUCUGUGACUACGGCUG